CCUAGACUGACCCGAAAGAAAAAACGUCUCGCUUGGCUGCGGCGAUGGCGGCGCUCCGCUGCGCGGCGAGGAGGAUCGUCGGCGACCAGCCACCGCGGCUGGUAUGCAGGGCGUCCGUGGUGGAGGGGCGACGGCGUAUGUCGCCGGCGGUCAUCGACCGCGGUUCGUCCGCCCGUCCUCGCUGCUUCUCCUCGCAGGGUGGCGAUGAUGAUCCGCUUACAUCUGAAGAGAAGAUGAGACUAUUUAAAAGGGGCGCUCACUUGAUCUUCAGGAUGACAAAAGCCAUCUCCACCGUUGUGGUCUGCGGAAUAGUCAUCAAGUGGUCAGUAACAGAGGUGUUCCGUCCUUACCCGACAAGCGAUUGUGCACGUGCUGUCCGGAAAUGCCGUGAGAUGCUACAGGGUCUACGGGGCAACCCUCCAACAUUGGAGGUUGGUCCUGUGCUGGGUGAUGAGAUGCUGGCGGCGGAGGUGGCAGCGUUCAAGUCCAUGGUGAAGGAUAUGAAGCGAGAAGCAGCGGAGAGACUGGAGGACUGACUGAGUCAAGCUGGGAAGAUCUGCACCUGGUUCUCAAGCUAUCAUGACCAUUGCGUCUGGUGUAUGGGUUCCUAUGGUCUACGUGAAACUCUUUUCAAGGUUGAUCAGGGACUUGUGUGCUCCUCAGCGUGCAACACCGAAACAAUGAAAACUGAAAGUCUUUUGUGUUGUUAUCUUCUCCAACCAUCUGAGAAGGGACCAAUGCAUGUCUAAGAAGGGUAUAAGCCAACAUCCCCUGGAUUAUCAUAGUAUAAGUGAAGGGAGUGUGCUUUGUUAUUACCGGGCUCUGAUGGUAUCAACAUAUUUUGUGAUGUCGAGGCUUUGCUGGAUGUGAGGAGGUAUUGCCGCUCCUGGAUGUGUGUGGAUCUUGCAAGUUUGCAACUAUAUACUGUUACCAAGGACAUGAAGAAUUCAGUCGAAACCUGUUUAUGAAAUGUAUGGUUACUGGAGCGCUCCAUGUUUCUCUAGUUGCAUGUUGUGGUUGCUGCUGAAGAACCUUGUACUGUAGUUGCAUGUUGUGGUUUCUCUAGUUGCAUGUUUGUGAGUUAGUUCAUGACUACUGUGAAUGU